CGGGCAUCCCUAACCUACCUACUUACUCCAUCACUAUAUCGUCGUGUUCAUGGUAUUUUAGAGAACGACGCAAUAUUCAACUCUGUUUUGUAGUGAAAUUGUUUUAUAAUAAUUUGGUUUACGACCUGUUGAAAAGUAAAACUGUAAUUUGUCUGGUUAGAUAGGUAUAUUCUGUGUGUAAAACUUUAUGAUAUAACGUUCAGGUUGUAAAGUUACUUGUGGCAAUAAACAUGCCUAAGCGUGGUGGUGGUGGAAGACCUAGAAACUGGAAAGAUAGUGAGCAUUUUGAACAUGAUGAUCGAGCACAUACAAGUAACACGAGACGUGUUAGUUUUAAGCCAGGUAAUUUUACCAAAGGCAAAAACAAGUUCCGCAAUUGGAAUGAUGCAAAAUUGCAACUUUUGGACGAUGACAUUGAUAUGGGGGCAAACGGAGGGCAGCCUGGCCACCCAAGAAAAGGCGGUCAGUUUCACAGAGGACGUGGAGGACGGUUGAAUUCCCCAGGUCCUCGCAUGGACCGUUCAAAAAAGAAGUUUAUUGCUGGGCUUCUACCAUGGUAUCAAAUCAUUAUUCCAUAUGGAGCAAAACAUGAGAAAGACGUUAUUUUGAGGUCAUUAUUGAGUUUCAUCUCACCAGAAGUUUUUAUACCUCAUUAUUACAAAUUGAAUGGUAAUGCAGCUGUUUUCUAUGUAGACGAUGUGAAAGUGGCAGAGAAAUUAUUUAAUGCUGAUAGAAAGAUUUCCAUGCCUGACGGUUACAAGCUUGCAGUGAUUGUUAGGAAUGCAGUCCCUAAUGUGGCAAUUGAUGCACAAAUGAAAGAGAAAAUGAAAUUAGUAAUGGCUAAGAGAUACAAUGCUGCUACAAAGGCAUUAGAUUUGACAAAAUUCCAUGCAGAUCCAGAUCUUGCUGACAUAUUUUGUGCUUUGUUCCGUCCAAUGAUCAUGUUGGCUGCAAUUGAUAUAAUUGCUGAAAAUAUUCCUGACUUAGAAGCAUUAAACUUGAAUGAUAACAAACUUUAUGGUAUUGAACAUCUGAAGAUAUUGUCUACGAAAUUCAAGAACCUAAAAAUUUUAUAUAUGGGUGACAAUAGGAUACCUUAUUUGGGAUCUUUGGAUCCAAUGAAGCAACUGCAGCUCGUGGAACUCUACCUCAAAGGCAAUCCUUUGGUGAACAGGUUUAGUGAUCACGAAAUAUAUGUCAGACUUUACCACCACUUAACAUUAGGUGAGGUAGAACUCUUUGUAUACCUAGCUAUAAAAAAAAAACCUGCCAAGUGCGAGUCAGACUCGCGCACCGAGGGUUUCGAUGGAGUGGAGUUGCCGCCAGCCAUAGGUUUCGACGUAUCAGAAGAUGUAACACUUCCGCCAACACAACAGUCCUUCCUCGUAGAUCCUGCGGGACAAGAUUUAGUUAGAGAAUUCCUGACGCAAUACUUCGCGAUAUAUGACUCGGAGUCGAGACAGCCUUUGCUAGAGGCAUAUCAUGAGCAUGCUACUAUGUCUAUGGCUGCAAGUUACUUGAGCAACGAUAAUAGAAAUUCACCAGCCAGCAGGCUCAAUUCAUACAUUACGAAUAGCAGAAAUAUUUUAAGGGUGACCGAGAGAGAGUACAGACGACGCCACAUGAAAACGGGCAGGCUACAGGUGGUGUCAUUCCUGUCAGAAUUCCCCAAGACUACACACGACCUUAUGGGAUUUGCUGUUGAUUUACUAGUCUUCACUCCUGCCAUGAUAGUUUUGACAAUGAAUGGAGUAUUCAAAGAGACUAACACUAACGGCAAUCCGACGCGAGCGUUCCACCGCACGUUUGUGAUCGUUCCCAACGCUACGGGCGGUUUCAGCAUCAUCAACGAUAUGUUGUAUAUCACCAAUACUACUAAGGAACAGGAAGAGAAAGCAUUCGCGACGGGCGCCGUUGAAGCCGUUCCCCCUGCGCCCGCGCCGACGCCGGCGCCUUUAGCAGACAACUCGCAAAAGAUGAUGCUGGGUUUGCUCGGCCAGCAGACCGGCAUGAACGACCACUGGAGCAUGAACUGCUUACAAGAGACUGGUUGGGAUCUUCAAAGAGCUCUCUUCAUUUUCAAUCAGCUCAACUCUGAAGGAAAAAUACCACCCGAAGCGUUCGUCAAAUGAAGACUUCUGAGCGCUGAAUGCGUGUUUCAAACUUAAAAUAUCGCGUUCGCGUAAUCGUGAAAUUCCUCUGCCUUUAAGCAGCGCCAUCUAGUAAACGAUAUUUCUAUUAUAACAAAAUAAUAAUAAAUAUCGCUACACUUCUUGAAAGUUAGACUGAAAAGGAUUGCAGGGUUUUUUAAAGUAACCUCUAAGGUGUCGUCCUAAUCGAAUUUUGUAACGAAUACGCGAUCAAACUAAUAAAUUAUGCGUGCUGCGUUUUGAAUUUUAUGGACAAAUGUUUGUGCGAAAUUGCAAUGAUCGCGACUUCACGUUAUUUUAGGACAACGCCUUAGGAAUAUUAUCAGCAUUGUUAGUAUCUAUUUCUUUGAUUUAUUGAACCGCUGAAGAAAUGUCGUUGUUCUUUCAGCAAGUGUGGCGCUGUCUUUACGUAUACGCGAAUGAGUUACAAACGCGCAUUAGGCACUUAAUAUUCAGAAAGGCUGUGCCUCAAAAUUGUACAUAUUAAACUAAGAAGAAUUAUAUUUUUUGUUAAGGAUUAUCCAUGAUUAAGUUAUGUUUGUUCAUAAAGUUCGAAUAGUAAAUGAUAAAAGGAUGAAUUUAAUUGAAAAAUCAAUUGACGCAUUCCUUAUGGAAGCGUAGCCGUGAAUCUUGAGAAAUAAAUCGUAACUAAUAAUUGUGCUAACUUUUUGACACUGUUGAAUCUUUUGUGGCUAAGUAAAUUCCUAUUAGGGCUUUUUAUUAUAAAAAGAAAAGUUUAGUAACACGUAUAAUAAGUAGAUAAUAUUGUUAUUUUAGAGUUAAAACGUGGACUUAGUUUUAAAGGAAUAUUUAGAUUAAAAAAAAAUAAGUCAUAAUUUUUUGACAAAAUGCCUUACGAGUUUGGUUGUCGAUAUUACAUAUUUUUUAUGUAAAAUGUUGUGUGUGUCAGGAUUGUCUUUGGAAUUUAUAUUUGUAUCUUUUUUAAUUAUUUCAAAAUAAUAUCGGGAAAUUGUCUGCGAAGAAAUGUUUUGUACCAAGAUGACAACAAUAUUAUGUGUUAUUCUAAUAUUUUGAAGAGUUAUUAGAAAGUAAACCGAUUAGGACUUUCUGAUAUCUUUUUCUGUAAAUAAAUACUUAAAUGCCCGGUUUCUUAAUGAAUAUUUAGUUUAAUUUCAUAAAGCGAUAUUAUCUACCAGACAUCACAUACAUACGGUAGAUAAUAAUUGUUUAAUAUAGUAAACAUGAGAUUAUAUAUUAUUAGAACUCUUAUUGAAAUUGUAAGAAGCUACUUUAAAGAAUAUCAUUUUUACUAGAAAAAAAUGCCGUUUAAAACUAUGAAAAUGAUUGAUUUUUUUCUAGUAAAAAUAUUGAAAGGUAUAUAAAUAUUGUGAGAAAUUCAUCAACGCUAAUUUUAUGUUAUUGUACAGUCAUAUAAUUUGAUUUAAACUUCAGUACUUAAUUGUAUUUUUAUUGUGUGUAGAAAAAAAAAAAAACACUAUAGACGAGUUAUUACGUGAUAAUGGAAAUCAGGCAUUAAAAAAGUUGAGCAAAUCCAAAACUUAAAAAAUCAUCUGUAACGCUAGCAAGGUGAUAUAAAUUUAAUAUAUCAGUUUCUUUUUGUCAUCGAAAACAUCUUCAAAACAUUUCUUGCUCUGUGUGAGAUAAAAACAAACGCACAUUGUAUUAAUUGACCUGCAUUUAAAAUAAGAAUUUGUUAAAUAAAAAAAAAAAAGAUUAAACAAAUGAAGAAAGAAAAAAUGUGUAAAUAUAAAAUAUGAAUGAACUUUUAGCUGCAAUGGAAAUGUCAGAACAAGGUAGAUAGUGAGGGGUCAUACAAGGCGCUGUUACGUCGACUGUGGCGUAAUUUUUACAAAACACGGCUCAAUAUGGCUAAUGUUGUUUCACGCAUUUUAUGGUCCUUUUGGAUUGUGAUGCGGUAUUCCAUGGUGUGGUCGGUGUGAUCUUACUCCCGUGACGGAACCCCAUUGGUGGGCUAGUCGCGAUGUUUGGGACCCCAUGGAUUUGUCUCGACAAAGCCUUGGCCGUCGUGUCACGAAAGCUCGUCGCGUCAGUUGCCUUGCGGGUGGUGCGUAGGGAACAAUCGAUUUAAGAAUUGAGACUGUGCUUGGUUACAUUACUUGAUGAAUACAUUAUUAUUUUUCCUUGGA